GUGAAUACUCACAGCGUGUCCAAGCGUCAACUCCCCUGACUGGCCUCUGACAGUGAACGCCAGAGGACGAAGGCAAGUAAUUGAUCGACGAAGGAUAUUGGAGUGGGGUUCUCAUCGGUGUUCGAGGUUGUCGCUGACGAACCCUCCCUGGCACACCCAGCCAAACUUAUCGCUCCGCCACGACAAGAAAAGCGUGUUUUCUGUCCGAUUUCUUGUAUACAAAGGUUAUAUUCAAUCAUUGUUGUAAAACCUGUCUAGAAUUUGUGGCAAUGUCGCAGACCAAGCGUGGGGACCUGAAUCUUUAUUCGUAUCUCUUCGCGAAGAUGCAACAUGAUAGAAGCUUCCGGGCUAUUCCAGAAAACUCUGUUCUGUGGAAGAUAAUUGGAUUGGUCCAAAAUGAAGAUCCAUCCCUUUCAGGAUCUGACAUUUGUCGACUGGGUGCAAAGUUUUACCAGGAAUAUCUCGAACACGGUGGGAACGACAAUCAAGCGAUGUGGGAGAACUUCAGAGAAUCCGAACGUUGUAAGCAUUUGGCAAUUGGAAAAGCACUUUUCGAGCAAACGGUCCCCAACCAUUUGAAUUGCCAUAAAAAUCCCCAGAUUCGGCCUUGUCAAACAGAAACCACGGUGAAAAGUAGCCUUGACCAUCUCGAAGGGCAUAACAUAGAGCAUCAUAUCUGCUGCCAAUACCUCGAAAUCCUCUGGAAAAAGCAGAAACGAGAAGUUAUAGCUGUGGUUUCUAUUCAACACAAGGAACACAACUUAGAAACUCACGUGUACAAUCUGAUUCAGUCAACAUUUUGACGGAAAGAAACUCAGUCUAUCGAAAGACCAUCAAAUCAAUUUCCCAAGUAUUAGGACGAAAGGAGGGUCAAUUUUCUAGUGGGUGCGGGACUCAAUGGGCAGAACGGACGUCUAUUAGGGAAGUUUUUUCGCCGUCCUUCGCGAGGCUGACCCCAAGGCUGGCUUUAGGCGAAUGGGCGCAUUAGCUCGCAUGAUACGUUGCAUGCCUGAGAUAGUGAG